UUUGAGAAAGUCAAACGGUGUCGUUUGUUUAAGGUAAAAAAAAAACCUGAUCAUACAAAAACGAUUGAGAAAUUAUUAAAGUCGGAGAUGGCGAAUCAAUCGUCUUCUAACCCGAUACUCUGCGCUUCCUUUAAUCAAGAUCACAGCUGCUUUGCAAUUGGAACGAAAGAUGGCUUCAAAAUAUUCGACUGUGAUACUGGAAGGCUCCUUUAUGAACGAGUUAUUGGAGCAUUCAUUAUUGUUGAAAUGCUCUACAGAUCAAGUUUUCUUGCCAUAGUCGGAGCUGGUGAACAGCCAUCUUUGUCGCCGAGGAGAUUGUGUUUAUUCAAUACAGUUAGUGGCACUUCUCUUCGAGAACUCAACUUCUUGACUUCAAUUCUCGCUGUUUGUGUAAAUAGGAAGAGAUUGAUAGUUGUAUUGCAAGAGAAAACUUAUAUUUAUGAUGUUAAUAGUCUGGAAAUAAAGCGUAUCAUUGAUACAGUGCCAAAUUCACUAGGGCUUUGUGCAUUUUCAGCGAGUAUAGAAAAUCCGUACUUGGCUCUUCCAGCUAGUACCAUAAAAGGCUCUGUACUAAUCUACAAUGUUAUGGAUCUGCAGUCGCACUGUGAGAUACAUGCCCAUCGCUCGAGAUUGGCUGCCAUGGCUUUUUCUUCAAAUGGGAUGUAUAUAGCAACGGCAUCUGAACAAGGAACUAUAAUCAGAGUUCAUCUUAUUUCAGAAGCAACUAAGUCAUACAGUUUCCGUAGGGGCACAUAUCCAUCGACCAUUUUUUCUUUGUCAUUUGGACCAUCGGCUGAUCUUCCCGAUCUCCUUCUUGCAGCAAGCUCUUCAGGUUCUCUCCAUAUUUUCUCCCUCGGUUUGGAUCUGAACGAGAGCAGCAGAAAAUCAAAUAGUUUUUUUGGAUCAAUAAUGCCUGGUUCUGUCACUGAUGCAUGGGAUCCUGCUCAUCAUAUUGUACAUCACAACGCUUUUGCAGCUGGAGUUAGAAGUGAUGCUGUAAUUCGAAAGAUCGAGAAAGCAAGCGGUACAUCAAUGUCUGAACCUGUAACUUUGAGAGCCACGGUAUCGGUGAUCACAUUUAACGGAUACUUUCAAGAAUACGGUUUCAGAAUAAACCAUAAAAAUGAAGCUACGUGGACCUUGGAACACGAGUUUAAUCUUCUGACAGCUGUCGCAGAAACAACUGCAAGUUAAAUUAUGUUGUAAGUAUAUACUUUUAGAGCUUGUACAGUUAAUUAAUCGAAAACUAAAACUUUGAAUUCAUGGCUCAUAUAAUUUAUAUACGUAUAGCAUUUGUUCUGCUU